AUGGCUUUGAAAGCUUCCUGGCUGAACAUUUUCAUCAUCGUGAUCCCUUUUGCUUGGGCCUCACAUUGGCUGGUCGACGUCUGGGGCCACGAGGUUACGUUCUUGCUAUGCUUCAUCGCCAUUAUCCCACUGCAGAACAUCUUCGACAUAUGCGGAGACUUUGUAGCUAGGCGCAAGGAUCGAGAAUUCGGUGACUUUCUUGCUAUCACGUUGAAGAACUUGGUGGAGGCGACUUUGGCAGCGAUCCUGCUGAAGAACUGCCACUUGCGACUUCUGCAGUCGACGAUUGCAGGCGUCGUCAUCCUGCACCUGUUACUCGUUCCUGGCACAGCGUUCUUUGUCCGCGGGAGCCAGGUUUUCCAGCAGAUCCUACACCCACACCACGCGUCUCUCAACCCAUCGCUCCUGAUGACUGGGUGA